CGCCCCGUCUGACAUAGUUCAGUCGACGACGAACUUACAUCUACUUCGGAAUUUGCAUCUGUUCGGUCUGUCUCGCGUUGUUAGUACGGUAAUUAAAGUACGGUAAAUUUCGCCUUUGUUAUUGAUAUCGAUGACGACGAUGCCAUGGGAACCGAUCUUUGUGCAAACGGAACUUUAAAGUCGACCCCCGUCAGCGUCGUAGAUAACAUUAUGAGGCAACGCAAGUCCGGUGCACUGGAUGCCACGGCGCCGAUAUCGCCGGAGGAGGAACAGCAACUCAAAUUUCAAGAUAACAGAUUCCUCACGACUUUGGUACUCGGCAGGAGUAGGAAAAUCACGCCGGACGUCCUGCCGUCCUGUCCUUCUGGAAUAUUUCGACAAAGAUCCCUUCAUUCGACGAUCGACGAAGAAGGGUUGCAACCAACGGACUCGCAGCGAGUCCUUUCGACCGUCUUAUCGAACGUUCUUUACAACAACAAUAACAACAAUAACAACAACAAUAACAAGAAAAACAAUAAUAGCAGUGGUGGUGGUGGUGGUGGUGGUGGUAGUAGUAGUAGUAGUAGUAGUAUCGUCAGUGGUGGGUUAAAAGCUCAGGCGGCGGCGCGUGCCACUCGGGUCGGUGGUGGUGGUGGUGGUGGUGGUGGUGGAAAAUUCGCAGCCGAGAGCGGAGGCGGCGCCUCAUUAUUCUAUAGGGGCGCCAGAGCUGCCAGCAAGCACGCGCGCCUUGGUACGGCACUGGCUAACAAAAUGGCGUCUGCGAGCUCAACCGCGGUCGUACAAGGCUGGCCGAACACCAAGGACGACUACGAGCUCAAAGAGGUUAUCGGUGUUGGGGCCACUGCGGUAGUUCACGCAGCAUUUUGUAUUCCACGCCAAGAAAAAUGUGCUAUAAAGAGAAUAAAUUUAGAAAAAUGGAAUACCAGUAUGGACGAAUUAUUGAAAGAGAUUCAAGCAAUGUCUUCUUGCAACCACGAAAAUGUUGUAACUUAUUAUACGUCAUUUGUCGUAAAAGAAGAGCUUUGGCUUGUUUUAAGACUACUGGAAGGUGGAUCUCUGUUGGAUAUAAUAAAACAUAAAACCAGAACCACCAAUUGCAAACAUGGAGUAUUCGAUGAAGCUACAAUAGCUACUGUACUUCGCGAAGUCCUAAAAGGUCUUGAAUAUUUUCACAGCAAUGGUCAAAUACACAGGGACAUAAAAGCGGGUAAUAUCCUACUAGGAGAAGAUGGUACUGUACAGAUAGCUGAUUUUGGUGUCAGUGCUUGGCUCGCUACAGGAAGAGAUUUAAGCAGACAAAAAGUUAGGCAUACUUUUGUGGGAACGCCAUGCUGGAUGGCACCUGAGGUCAUGGAGCAGGUGAGAGAGGACCAUGGUUAUGAUUUUAAAGCAGACAUUUGGUCGCUCGGUAUCACUGCCAUUGAAAUGGCAAGCGGUACCGCUCCUUAUCACAAGUAUCCGCCAAUGAAAGUAUUGAUGCUCACUUUACAAAAUGAUCCACCAACUUUAGAUACAGCGGCGGAUGAUAAAGAUCAAUAUAAAGCGUAUGGUAAAACAUUCCGUAAAAUGAUUGUCGAUUGCUUACAAAAGGAUCCAACUAAGAGACCAACUGCUACAGAACUUUUGAAACAUCCCUUUUUUAAAAAAGCAAAAGACAAGAAAUAUUUGCAACAAACAUUAGUUGCUAUAGGUCCAAGUCUCGAAACUAGAGUGCAAAAGGCAUCGAAAAGACAACCAGGUACAUCGGGUCGUUUACAUAGAACGGUAACGGGAGAAUGGGUUUGGUCGUCGGAAGAAGAGGAUAGCGCAUCUAGCGGUGAAGAAGGCAAAGAAGCGUUACCAGUUAAUACAAUAGAGAAUGCAAGUAGCGAAGAAGAUCCUGAACAAGACGAAUUUUAUUCUCAAGUCAAAUCGGCACCAAGUCAUGCCGUUAUACAAGCUGCCGAGCAAAAUGUUCCUAUAAAUCUGGUGUUAAGACUACGUAAUCAAAAACGUGAACUAAACGAUAUCAGAUUCGAGUUUGCUGUGGGAGUUGAUUCUGCCGAAGGCAUUGCUGCUGAACUAGUCGGUGCGCUAUUAGUCGACGGAAAAGAUAUCGUGGUUAUAGCAUCGAAUUUACAAAAAUUAAUAGACAGUGCUGGACAAUUACGGACUGUUACAUUUCCAUUGAUUUCUGGUCAUGCAGCCAACGAAGUACCAGAUGAUAAAGCAUUAAUAGGAUUCGCUCAGAUCUCCAUCACGGAUUAAACAAUUUCGUAGUAUUCUGAAGUCUCAGAAUAAUACUCUUACGUGAUGAUAUAUGAUGCAGAAAGGAU